GCCAUUCCGCUCACCGUCCCCGCUGUCCUAUGAAUCAUUGACCCGAGAUACAUCACUGAUCUACCGCAACCGUGAAGAUGGCGGCCCGGACCAUGCAAGCAGCGCGAUGUCCGACAGAUGAGCUGUCGCUGACUAAUUGUGCCGUGGUGAGCGAGAAGGAUCUGCAGUCAGGACAACAUGUGACUGUGAAGACCACACCCAACCACAAGUUUGUGUUUACAGUGAAGACCCACCACACAGUGGCACCUGGAAGCAUUGCCUUCAGCCUGCCGCAGCGAAAAUGGGCUGGUCUCUCCAUUGGCCAGGAGGUGGAAGUGUCCAACUACAACUUUGACAAGUCCAAGCAGUGCAUCGGUGCCAUGACAAUUGAAAUUGACUUCCUGCAGAAGAAGAGUACCGACUCCUCUCCCUACGACUCAGACAAGAUGGCUGCAGAGUUCAUCCAACAGUUCAACAACCAGGCCUUCUCUGUCACCCAGCAGUUAGUGUUCAGUUUUUGCGACAAGCUGUUUGGUUUGGUGGUAAAGGAUAUCGAGGCAAUGGAUGCCAGCAUCCUCAAAGGAGAACCAGCCUCUGGAAAGAAACAGCAGAAGAUUGAUAUCGGACUGAUGAUCGGCAACAGCCAGGUGAUUUUUGAGAAGGCAGAGAGUUCAUCCCUCACACUAGUCGGUAAGGCAAAGACCAAGGAAGCACGACAGACAAUCAUCAACCCAGACUGGAACUUUGAGAAGAUGGGAAUUGGAGGUCUGGACAAGGAAUUCUCCGAUAUUUUCCGCAGAGCCUUUGCUUCCCGAGUCUUCCCCACAGACAUUGUGGAGCAGAUGGGUUGUAAGCACGUGAAGGGUAUCCUGCUGUUUGGACCUCCAGGCUGUGGUAAAACACUGAUGGCCAGACAGAUUGGUAAGAUGCUCAACGCCCGUGAGCCAAAGAUUGUCAACGGCCCAGAGAUCCUCAACAAGUACGUGGGAGAGUCUGAGGCCAACAUCCGCAAACUGUUCGCCGAGGCCGAGGAGGAGCAGAAGAGGCUGGGAGCCAACAGUGGCCUUCAUAUCAUCAUCUUUGAUGAGCUGGAUGCCAUCUGCAAGCAGAGAGGCACGGGCGCCAGCAGCACGGGCGUGCACGACACCGUGGUCAACCAGCUCCUGUCUAAGAUUGACGGUGUGGAGCAACUUAACAACAUCCUGGUCAUCGGUAUGACCAACAGGCCUGACCUGAUAGAUGAUGCUCUCAUGAGGCCUGGCAGGUUUGAGGUCAAAAUGGAAAUUGGUCUCCCUGAUGAGAAGGGUCGCGUCCAGAUCUUGACCAUCCACACCAACAAGAUGCGAAGCUUCAACCUGCUCGCUACUGACGUCAACAUCAAUGAACUGGCAGCUGAGACCAAGAACUACAGUGGUGCUGAGCUGGAGGGGCUGGUCAGGGCCGCGCAGUCCACUGCCAUGAACCGACACAUCAAGGCCACAUCUACAGUUGAGGUGGACAUGGAGAGGGCAGAGAAGCUGCAGGUCACCAGAGAUGACUUCAUGGGAUCCCUCAACAAUGAUAUUAAACCUGCAUUUGGCACAAACCAGGAGGAUUACUCGAGCUACAUCAUGAACGGCAUCAUCAAAUGGGGUGACCCGGUCACCCAUGUCCUGGAUGACGGGGAGCUACUGGUGCAGCAGACCAAGAACAGUGAUCGCACACCACUGGUGGCUGUGUUAUUGGAGGGUCCACCCCACAGUGGAAAGACAGCCUUGGCAGCUAAGAUUGCAGAGGACUCGCAGUUCCCCUUCAUUAAGAUCUGCUCUCCAGACAAGAUGAUUGGAAACUCAGAGAUCUCUAAGUGCCAGGCAAUCAAAAAGGUCUUUGAUGAUGCUUAUAAGUCCCAGCUCAGCUGUGUGGUGGUGGAUGACAUUGAGCGUCUGCUGGACUACGUCCCCAUAGGCCCUCGUUUCUCCAACCUGGUACUUCAGGCUCUGCUGGUGCUGCUUAAGAAACCUCCACCCAAGGGUCGGAAGCUGCUCAUCAUCGGCACCACCAGCAGGAAAGACGUCCUGCAGGAGAUGGAGAUGCUGGACGCCUUCAGCACCACCAUCCACAUUCCCAACAUCUCGACUGGGGAGCAGCUAGUCGACGCCUUAGAGCUGCUGGGGAGCUUCACAGAUAAAGAGCGAGCCAGCAUCGCACAGCAGCUCAAAGGAAAGCGAGUCUGGAUCGGCAUCAAGAAACUGCUCGUGCUUAUCGAGAUGUCACUGCAGAUGGACGCGGAUUACAGAGUGUCCAAGUUCCUGUCUCUGCUCAGAGACGAGGGGGCGUUGAAUGAAGGCGAUCAAAUCCGAAUUUAAGAUGUUGGUUGCUCUCGCUAUGAACUGUGACCGCAGCUUCUAUGAGUAGAGAGGCUGGCAGAACGAAACGCACAUCUCGCCAUCAACAAGCCACCUGUGGGACAAAAUGAGGAAGAACAGAAGAAGAAGAAGAGAUGUUCAUGUCCAUCAACCCACUGAUCCCUCCGUCUGUCUAUCUAAAGACACACCUGGUCAAAAAGAGGAACACACAAGUCCUCUUUAUCUCAGCAUGUUUCUGUAUCACCAUCCUCCUACUCAUCAUCAUCUACACUUACUGACAUAUCACAGCAAACUACUACUGGAAGUUGUACUGUUAUAAAUCUGUUACCUGUAAAGAUAUUGCAAUAGAUGAUUGUAAAAAAGUGCUGUUUUGUGCAUCGUGCGUAAAAACGACAAAAAAAGAAGAGCCAUGUAUGUUUUUAGCUUCACAUAUAGUAUUUGUUGUAUUUGUUGCAUAUUGUCCUGCUAAAGGUAGUUAUUGUCAGUAUGAUAUGUAUCCUCACAAACAAACAGAGCAAAAAGAAUACAUCCAAAACUGACACACAAGUCCCAAAGCUGUUUGAAUAUUUACAGUGUGAAUAUAUGAGAGGCUUUUAGUGAAUAUGUAGUGGCUGUAAAAAUAAAAAAAAAGAAAAGAAAAAGAAACUGUUCCAUGUGUAAAUGUGAACCCUUUAAAUAUACAGUAUGUACCUUGUUUAAGUUCUGUAAAUAGUAUAUAUAGACAGAAUACAGUAUAUCAUGAGAAUAAUUUAAACGAUCCGUCUCAAGUCUAUUUCAUACUAUAUCAGUAUGAUUCUUCUUCCCAAUUGCUCCAGAGAUGUUGACUUUAGCAGGUUACUGUAAUAGUGAAAGUAAAUGUUGGAUUGUUGGCCUGUCUGUCUGUGUUGCGUACAGUACAGUUCAGUCGAGCUAGUGUAGCUAUGGCAUCACCAGUGUUAAAAAUAAAAAGAUUCUGCACUUUUAACAUGGAAACGACUCAAAAUAAAAUAAAAAAAAACAACCUUAAGUACUUAUCUCGGCAGUUCAUCAUGGGAACUUGAGCUUGUGUCGGCUCGUGUGCAUGUGUGAGGAACUAAACGCUGCAUGUGUCAAGUAUGUGUGAGCCUGUGUGAGCGUGUGGUGGUGACAGAGUGUGAGCAUGCGUGUGUUUAUGUGUGUGUGUGUGCAUCUGAAUCCAGGUUUAGGCAGUAAAUUGGUGGUUAAUUUGUGGGGGUUUUUUCUCAUGCCAUGUGUUUAGUGCUUAUUGUUCAAAGUUCUUGUUCUGUUCUGACCACUGACAAUGUGUGUAUGUGUGUGCGUGUGUGUGUAAAUAUAUAUCAAAA